GCACUAAAACCCAACCCAACGUCUACCAAAAAGUACAACACGACGCGCACGUCACACCCCGCUUACGUUAGAAAAAACUUAGACCAAACGUAAAGAAAAGUCAAUCAGCGCACGUUAGCUACUACCGCUUUAGUACCUUCUUCACCAAAUUGCCAAAAAAUCACAGACGAUCAGAAGGAAAAAAAAAAAAAAAAUUUUACAAAAACUAGCAAUCGCAAUCACCGAUCACUUCCUUCUGACCGUCCGAUCAACUUUUCCGAUCAAUUCACAAUCAAUUACAACAUUAAUUGCGAUUUCAUAUAUUAAAAUUAAUUAAAAAUGUGGGUGUUUUAUUUGAUCUCGUUGCCUUUAACCCUAGGCAUGGUGAUUUGGACUUUAAAGUAUUUUUCUGGACCAGAAGUACCUCGUUACGUGUUUUUUACAGUUGGUUAUACAUGGUUUUGCUCUAUUGCUGUUAUUAUUCUUGUCCCUGCUGAUAUUUGGACGACAAUCAUUGGGCAUGGUAACGGAGGCAUAUCGUUCUUUUGGAGCUGGUCAUAUUGGAGUACAUUCCUACUCACAUGGCUCGUGGUUCCCCUCAUUCAAGGUUAUGAAGAUGCUGGAGACUUCACACUUGUAGAGCGAUUGAAGACUAGCAUACAUGCCAACUUGGUCUUCUACGCCAUCUUGGGGGUUGUAGGUCUUCUUGGACUUAUUCUCCUCAUUACGAUGCGGAAAAGUUGGGAUGGUAAUGUACUGGGGUUUGCUAUGGCAUGUUCAAAUACUUUUGGGCUUGUGACUGGCGCUUUUCUUCUUGGUUUUGGUAUGAGUGAAAUUCCAAAGAGCAUGUGGAAAAAUGCAGAUUGGACAACUCGUCAGAAGGUGCUUUCUCAUAAAAUUGCCAAAAUGGCUGUGAAGCUUGAUGAUGCCCAUCAAGAAUUAUCAAAUGCUAUUGUGGUUGCUCAGGCUACAUCGAAGCAGAUGUCCAAGCGUGAUCCGUUGAGGCGUUACAUGGAUGUUAUUGAUAGUAUGUUAGUUCAAAUGUUUAGGGAGGAUCCAUCUUUCAAACCGCAAGGGGGUCAAUUGGGGGAAGAUGACAUGGAUUAUGAUACAGAUGAUAAAUCAAUGGCAAAACUUAGGCGUAAUCUUCGUAUAGCUCGAGAGGAGUACUAUAGAUACAAAAGUGAGUAUUUGACAUGUGUAACAGAGGCUCUUGAACUGGAAGAUACAAUAAAGAAUUAUGAGCAGCGCGAUUUAACUGGUUGGAAAUUUGUUUCAACCUUGAGGUCUGAAAGGGCUGGAACAUUGGGUUCCUUCUUUGACAGAACAGAAUUAAUCUGGCGAUGUGUCCUGCGGAAGCAAUUACAGAAAGUCUCAGCUGUAAUUCUUGGUUGUAUGUCAGCUGCUAUUUUAUUAGCUGAAGCAACUCUAUUGCCAAGAGGAGUUGAUUUAUCUCUAUUUUCCAUUCUUAUAAAGUCUGUUGGAGAUCAAGAGGUUCUUGUUCAGGUGUUUGCUUUUCUGCCACUUAUGUAUAUGUGUGUCUGCACCUACUAUUCACUGUUCAAAGCUGGAAUGUAUAUGUUUUACUCAUUGACACCGAGACAAACAAGUUCAGUGAGCUUGUUAAUGAUUUGCUCGAUGAUUGCUCGUUAUGCACCUCCAAUCUCAUACAAUUUUCUUAACCUUAUUAGUCUAGGCGAAAACAAGAAAACCAUUUUUGAGAAGCGAAUGGGAACUGUUGACAAGGCUGUUCCUUUCUUUGGUCAAGGAUUCAACAAAAUUUACCCACUUAUUAUGGUUAUAUACACACUGCUAGUUGCAAGCAAUUUCUUUGACCGAAUAAUCAGUUUUCUCGGGAAUUGGAAGAUAUUUAGAUUCCAGUCAGAGAAAGACGAUAUGGAUGGUUUUGAUCCAUCAGGGUUACUGAUCUUGCAGAAAGAACGAAGCUGGCUUGAACAAGGACGCAAACUUGGUGAACAUGUUUUGCCAUUGGCAAGGAAUUUCAACACUAUGACAGUGGAUCUGGAGUCUGAUGGCAAUGCCAUAGAUACAAUUGAAUUGAAGGCAUCCAUGGAAUCAAGCAAGGACAGAGGGAGUUCUUCAAAACCUUUGAAGGAUGAGGCCCGUAGGUAUUCAGGGAGCAAGGAAGCAAUUAGCAGCAAAUAUGCUGCCUUCAGGGAACAGGGCAAGCUACCAUCUAAUGUGAAGCCAAUGGAGGAUAUAGGCUCUACUAAGGUCUCUUUACUUGAUUCUGCCAGCUCUCACUCUGGCAGCACAGUAGCAGCUCCAUCAGGUUUGGCUGGAAGAUGGGCAUCAAUGAAAGCAGGUUUCCAGACCUUCAAAACAAACAUCGAAGCAAAAAGGUUAAUUCCACUACGCCAAGUUGGUGAAUUUAUUCCUUUACGCCAAUCUCAGGAUACGAACGUCUCUCGUGCCUCCUCAUCCGACUCUCUUGAUGAGAUAUUCCAGAAAUUAAAAAAGCCUGCUACGGAGAGUGGAAAUUACAGUGAUGAUGACGAUGAUGAGAGAAUGCCGAGGAGGUGAUACUGUAAAUUGCUUCCGUUAGAUGGAAUAUACUUGUCGAUAACUGUAGAAAUCAGGAAGAAAGAGCCAACAAUGUGUACAGUUCUCUGAGAAACUAUCAGCUGCUUACUCAUUCUUUACAGCUGACCUUUGAUGUAGUUGAGGGGCUGUGUAUGAAAAGAUAGGAGCCAAGCAACUGGCCAGAAAGUGAUUCCAAGAUCGUGCAACGCCUCAUGGCAGAACUGUAGGUUAUAGGAAAGCUGAAAUACAAAUCCAGUCCACAUUGAUGAAGAGAAAUCAUGUAGGUCAGUGUAUUCAACUUUGUAUAAGUUGAUUCUUGUAUAAUUCAUGUACUGCUAAAUUUUGAGGGUGUCGAUUACAUAAUCCAUCAGAAUGAUUCUAUAAAAUUUUGGUCUGUCACAUUGAUUAUUGACAAAAGGUUAGAUAUAAAAUCCAUGAGUACUUCCUUAUGCAUGAAAA